AUGGCGACGCCUCGUCGCUCCUCUCAGCAGCAGCAGCCGAACUCCCCACUUUCCUCCCCGCCCCGCGGCUCCUCUCGCCCCGCCACCCCUCCUGGCUGUCCGGCUGCACCCACCGACAAUGCCACCUCGCUUUCCCGCAGAGCCGCGUUGGACAACCAGGCUGACGGGGAGGCAGCCCCUUCAUCUCCCACCGCCUCCCCAGCUCUGGCCCUCUCCGCCAGCAGCAGCAGCAGCAGCACUAGCAGCAGCGCUAGCUCCCCGACAACCACCGAGGGCAGCGGGUCCAGCCCCGGCUCUACGCCCGACUCGGGCAGCGGUGACGCGGCCAGCAGCAGCAGCGGCGGUGGUUCAUACGGGGCUUUCAGGGACCUUUUUGAAGCUUGUCGUAACGGGGAUGUGUCUAGGGUGAAGAAACUCGUGGAUACACUGAAUGUUAACGCAAAAGACAUGGCAGGACGCAAAUCUACACCCCUACAUUUCGCUGCAGGUUUUGGGCGGAGGGAUGUGGUCGACCACCUGCUUCAGAUGGGCGCCAAUGUGCACGCUCGGGACGAUGGGGGUCUGAUCCCGCUUCACAACGCCUGCUCAUUCGGCCAUUCUGAGGUGGUGUCCUUGCUGCUGUGUCAGGGGGCCGACCCCAACGCUCGAGACAACUGGAACUACACGCCACUCCACGAAGCUUCCAUCAAGGGCAAGAUAGACGUCUGUAUAGUGUUGCUGCAGCAUGGAGCCGACCCCAACAUCCGCAACACCGACGGCAAGUCCGCCCUGGACCUGGCUGAACCCUCCGCCAAGGCCGUGCUCACAGGUGAAUACAAGAAGGACGAGCUGCUGGAGGCGGCGAGGAGUGGAAACGAGGAGAAGCUAAUGGCCUUGCUCACACCGCUCAACGUCAACUGCCACGCAAGCGACGGCCGCAAGUCCACUCCACUCCACCUGGCAGCAGGAUACAACAGGGUGAGGAUAGUUCAGCUGUUACUACAGCACGGAGCAGAUGUUCACGCCAAGGACAAGGGGGGUCUGGUGCCUCUGCAUAACGCCUGCUCCUACGGACACUAUGAAGUUACUGAACUGCUGCUAAAGCACGGUGCGUGUGUGAACGCCAUGGAUCUUUGGCAGUUUACCCCUCUCCAUGAAGCGGCGUCUAAAAACCGAGUGGAGGUGUGCUCUCUGCUGCUGAGCCACGGGGCCGACCCGACCCUGCUCAACUGCCACAGCAAGAGCUCCGUGGACAUGGCGCCCACUCCCGAGCUGAAGGAAAGACUUACAUAUGAGUUUAAGGGCCACUCGCUGCUCCAAGCUGCUCGUGAAGCUGACAUGGCGAAGGCUAAGAAGACCCUGGCUCUGGAGAUCAUUAACUUCAAACACCCGCACACACACGAGACAGCACUGCAUUGCGCGGUAGCAUCUCCACACCCAAAGAGGAAACAGGUGACAGAGCUGCUGCUGAGGAAAGGUGCCAACAUAAAUGAGAAGAAUAAAGAUUUCAUGACUCCUCUCCAUGUGGCGGCAGAACGAGCUCAUAAUGACAUCAUGGAGGUGCUACAGAAACAUGGUGCUAAGGUGAACGCUGUGGACACGCUGGGUCAGACGGCGCUGCACCGCGCGGCCAUGGCGGGCCACCUUCAGACCUGCAGGCUGUUGCUAGGAUACGGGGCAGACGCCUCGCUGCUGUCGCUGCAGGGCUUCACUGCUGCCCAGAUGGGAAAUGAAGCUGUGCAGCAAAUACUCAACGAAAACGUGCCGGUGAGGAACUCUGAUGUGGACUACAGACUGCUGGAAGCUGCUAAAGCCGGAGACCUGGACACCGUCAAGUCGUUGUGCACGGCUCAGAAUGUGAACUGCAGAGAUCUGGAGGGAAGACACUCCACUCCCCUUCACUUUGCUGCCGGCUACAACCGAGUGUCGGUAGUGGAGUACCUGCUGCAGCACGGGGCAGACGUUCAUGCCAAGGACAAAGGAGGCCUGGUCCCCCUCCAUAACGCCUGUUCGUACGGUCACUACGAGGUGGCCGAGCUGCUGGUCAGACACGGAGCCUCGGUCAACGUGGCCGACUUGUGGAAGUUCACGCCGCUCCACGAAGCCGCCGCCAAGGGCAAAUACGAGAUCUGCAAACUGCUGCUGAAGCACGGAGCAGAUCCCACCAAGAAGAACCGAGACGGGAACACGCCUCUGGACCUGGUGAAGGACGGGGACACGGACAUCCAGGACCUGCUGCGAGGGGACGCCGCGCUGCUGGACGCCGCCAAGAAAGGCUGCCUGGCCCGGGUGCAGAAGCUCUGCAGCCCCGAAAACAUCAACUGCCGGGACACGCAGGGACGCAACUCCACACCUCUGCACCUCGCAGGUAAUUCACAUGAAGAGACAUCAAAUAAAAAGCUGCGCACACAUUCACAGAUCAUUCUAAUAAGUUGGGUCCUUCAGCAGACCGAAGUGACUACGGACUUUAACACGCAGAUCGUGGUUGCCUGUGUGCUUCUCCUGCCAGGUUCCCCUUUCAUCAAUGCCAUCAUCCAUAAGGGCUUUGAUGAGCGACACGCCUACAUCGGUGGCAUGUUUGGUGCCGGGAUCUAUUUUGCUGAGAACUCCUCAAAGAGCAACCAGUACGUGUAUGGGAUUGGUGGAGGCACGGGAUGUCCCACCCACAAAGACCGCUCCUGCUACGUGUGCCACAGGCAGAUGCUGUUCUGCAGAGUGACGCUGGGGAAGUCCUUCCUCCAGUUCAGUGCCAUGAAGAUGGCCCACGCCCCCCCCGGACACCACUCAGUGAUCGGGAGACCCAGCGUCAACGGACUGGCCUACGCAGAGUACGUCAUCUACAGAGGGGAGCAGGCUUACCCAGAAUACUUGAUCACCUACCAGAUAGUGAAGCCUGAGAGCCUUGCUGCCCCGGCGGCCCCCCCCGAGCAGAAGUCCUAAAACUCUCAGCUCUGCAACGGACCAGAGCCGCUCUCUGAGGGACUAGAACUGAACUGGAGGGGGUUUCAAACCUCACACACACAUUUCAAGUCUCCAGAGUUGACCUUGAGGUGGGAGAGGGCGACAGGGCAGAGGUCAGAAAGCCUUUGGAAACAGACCCGGAUGUGUCUUAGAAGAGGAUUUCAGGAUGUUGGGGUGCUCAGUUCAAAGCAACAGAAAGCAACACAUUUUUUUUAUUGAUUUGGUCGAAUUUUGCCAGAGAAAAUGCAAAUGGUUUGAUCAACAUUUCUGGAGUUCUUCCAGUGAGCUUCUUUUUUUAAAUGCGCAGGCCUGCAGCUGGAUUCGCAAAACAAUUAAGAAAGCAAUUACACCAGGACACGGUCCACAGCAAAACACAACACUGAAAUCUACCCGCAGUUUUUAAAUGUGUUGUUUUGAUAUUGUGUCCUCUUUCGACUGUGAACCAUCCACAGCAACAAAACACCUGCCUGAGGCACUUUCCGAAAAACAGCCAUUGUCGUGCCGAGGGAACAGAUCCGGCACAUUUGAUGUUACAUUUGCUCCAUUUAGGGUUUGUGAAAACAAGAGGCAGCUCUCUGUGUCUUCUUUUAAACAAAGGAGAAAUCACAAAACUAGUGUGAGCAGAGGGACGUAAGAGAGAUUACAGCGGACAAAUACCCAGCAGUCAAUAAGGAACAGACUGCAGACCUUCCACUACAGUCCACACACAGGGACCAAACCUCAAAUCCACACACAAUAAGAUUGUUUUAAAUAAAUGUUUACUUGGCCAUAAAGACAUAUUUUGGGCAGAGCCAAGUUGUGACAAGCAGCAAGCUGAGGCACCUGUCAAUCAUGAAAAUAUGCCCUGGAUAUUCCUGCUUUCUCUGCCUUAAUCUCAAUGACUAAAGAAAUGGUGUUUUCCAUGAUAUCUUAUAUUUAGCUGUUAAACAUGGCGGUUGCUGCUUGUUUCAGCACAGCUCGUUAAAAACUCAGUCUGUCACCGGAACAAAUGGAGCACACUGUGACACUGAGAUGAUUUGAAACCCAGUGAUAUCGUCGGGGAAUGUCAUUUAACUGCGUACAGCAAGCUCUAUAUUUAUCAUCCAAACUAGUAUUUCAUAUUUUAUGCCACAAUGACUGAAUAAUACAGAUACAAAUAUUCAAAGUCCAGAUUUUUUUUUUGUUACAGCUUCUCCCUCGUUGUGAGGAUUGACUGUUACCAACACAUUAAAUAGACAUUUUUCAGAGCUUAAUUCAGCAAACAACUUGACGUAAUACUUUCUGAAGCCCCAGCAUGUCAUUCAUCCUAAACUUGUCAAUGGCAGUUUAACAUUCACAUGAAACGAGUCACGCUCAUUUAUAGAUCUCUUUUUGUUUGCUGUUUUAAAUGUUCCUCGCGUGGACCCUUGUGUUUACAAAUGUUCUUCUCCAUCUGUUACUGCCCCCUAGUGGUGCACCAGAGGAAUUGCUGGCUUGUAGUAUUACUAUGAGGAGACCACUGUAUACGCAGAUGUGGGAUAAGUACUCAGAACUUGUACUUAAGUAAAAGUAGAAGUACCAGAGUGUAGGAAUACUCUGUUACAAAUAAAACUACUUAAUUUAAAAGGUUAAUUGAGUAAAAGUACUAGCAUCAAAAUAUACUUGAAGUACCAAAAGUAAAAGUACUCAUUAUGCAGAUUGGCC